AUGCAUCCCGUUCAUCUUUCGGGGCUCGCCAUUGAAGUCCCCUUAAAUUCGACGAUCUCCGAGGAAUCUUCUGACGAGGAUGAAGGCUUAACGUCGGUGGAUCUGGGAAGCUGGCAGCCACGACCUACAGUAUGCACUACGUGUACACCCCAGCUGGUAAAAGAACCCAUCAUCCCGAAGACAAUGGCAGACCGGCGCUUUCGCCCUGAACGGUUCUACGGGGCCGAUUAUCGGCCAGAAGACAUCGAGGUUGCUCGCGGGCAGUUGGUUCACACUUGCUCCCAAGAAGCCGGAUCAGACACAGCUACGAUACAGCUGACUACCAUAGUCGUCGCAUUCGACGGGGCCUGCUUGAGAAAUGGUAAACCCGGCGCACUGGGAGCAGUUGGUGUGUAUUUUGGGCCCAAGAACCCAUGGAAUAAGCGCCAAAAGCUCUACCCGGAGAUGACCCAUACGAGUCAGCUGGCCGAACUGGUUGGGUGUCGCGGUGCCACUAGGUUUGUGCUCGCUAUGCUAAAAUCUGAGAAGCGGCCCAAGGUCGAGACCCUUAUCAUCAAGUCGGAUUCCGAGUAUGUCAUCCGCAGCCUGACGGAGUACAUGCCGAAAUGGAAGAGCAAUGGAUGGAGGAAUGCCAAGGGCUUGCGGGUUGCCAACGCGGAAGUAUUCCAAGAGAUUGAAGCCAAUAUUCGAAUUCUUGAAGAGCAGAAGGCUGUCCGGGUCUAUUUAUGGGCGGUACCGCGCAGCAUGAACGAGGAUGCGGAUCUUUUGGCUAAGCGCGAGCUGGGGAUUUAA